AUGGACGUUGGCUUGGAUUCCUACUGCUGCCUGGGCCUCGCGCACUGUUUCCGCAAGAAGGAGGACGGCAAGCUUGAGGAUGUGUUUGUGAUCGAGCCCCUCAGCGCCACCAGCCUGGAAUGCAUGGCCACAGGUGCCCGCACGUCCUUCAAGGUGGCUGUGGGCGUGAAGGUGGCGGACGCGCUGUCGCGCAACAAGGGGGCGCUGCCCGAGGCCUUUCAGGACGGCCUGUGGUGCGAAAAGUACGACGCGCGGCUGGACGCGGCGGCGCGGACCUGGCAGCGGUCGCACGCGCAGGACAACCUCAUGGACAUCGUGCCGCUGGGCAAGGCGCGCUCCAACUUCAACUUCUCCCUGGAUGACAAGCGCGUGCUGAACAUGGACAACGUUGUGAAUGAUGACGACAACAUCAAGCAGGAUAUCUCGAUUGAUGUCUACGGCCGUGCCGAGAAGCAGGAGCGCGACGAGAAGAUGGCUGCCGCCGCCGCCGCGGCCAUCGCCGCCUCUGCCGCCGCCGCCGCCGCCGCUGCUGAGGAGGAGUCCGAGGAGGAGGAUGAUCUGGAUGCCCUCCUGGCCGGGUGA